AGAAGAAGAAGAAGAAGAAGAAGAAGAAAGAAUACAACUUGAGAAGAACAAUAGUUGAACGCUGCAUGCAGCACUCACCUAAUAAUAAUAACAAGGAAAACGACCCAAAACUCUUUUUUCAUACAGCUGUUUUCUCAGCAUGAGGUAAAAAUAAAGUAUUAGGCUGCACGUAACGUCCCCACACCUGACCGCCGGCUGGGCUAUAACCUUGCCCGGAUUGGUCGAUAAUGACCAGUGAGAAUGGGGAGAUCGCCGAUUAAGCAAUCAUGGACUCUGAGAGUAGGCUGAUAAUGAGGGGCUCAGGGCUAGGGUUAUUUUUCUUUAAGCUACAGGCAGGCAUCAUAGGACGAAUGCUGGUGUUUUGAUUAACAUUUACACCCGUGUUUGUGCUAGAACCUCUGUUGACACCUCUGUUGGACUCGUUCAAUCAUUAUAUCGAGGUCCUCUGGCUCCCUCUAGUGGAUUAAACCUGCUAGUUCGGUGAUUUGUUGUUAAGGUUACGCCUAAACAAACCUUACAGAGCCGAUGGAUGUCGAUCAAUGUGGCUCCUGCGUUAAUGGAUGUUAUUUAGACGGCGCGAGGAUAUCGUCUCGUUUCAGACCACUGCACGAUGUCGGAAACAAUGGCAGAAGAAAAGUACAAAUUUGAGCAAAACUUUUCUUUUACCCCACUUUUGAACAAGACGCCUUCCUUUCUUCAGAAUAAAGCUUCGUUGGAACUGCUGAUGAAAUGGUCCAUGCUUGGCAGAAUCUCCGUUCAAUAUUACAGCUUUGACCAGAGCUUCUACCCUUAUAACAGCCGUAAUUUUGCAUUGAUGUUCUUCAAAGAUCCUCAAGUGGUUUCCAACCUGAGAAAGAUGACAGCUGGAGCCUGGGUGCCUUUGGACAGCCCACUGCUGUGUGUGGAUGUAGAGGUGGUUCCCUGCAGUAGAGUGUCCAUGGACCUGUUGGACCCCAUCUACUACUGCAGGCAGAUCCUGAGUCCUUCUGGAAACGUGGUCAAAUGUUUCCAUUACCUCUACCCUGACUACGAUGAGCUGCGACGGGCACUGCAGGAAGAGGAGUCCGAGCACUAUGACGUGAUUGGCCGAGAGGAACGAGGGGAGUUCCUCUUCCGUAUCUUCAAACACCUGUGUCUUGGAGGGGAGCUGUGUCAGUAUGAAGACACCAUCGCUCCCUAUGCUCAACUCACCAAGCUAAUCUACAAAGACCUCAUCAGUGUACAAAAGGAUCCUCAGAGCAUGGGGAUCAGCGUGGUCUCCACUGUGCUCAAAGUCUGUGCCCAGGACGAGACUGGAUCGUGUUACCCCGGCCGAGGAGACGAGGAACAAACCUUCGCCUACCUGAUAGUCGACCCUUUCAAACGUCAUGUGUGUUUAUUCUACCACUGCUACGGGGUCGGGAGCUUUACUCUAUGACGUAAGAUAUACAGUUAAAUGUGACAUUUACGUUGUUUGUUUCCCUUUGGUGGUUUUUGGACCAUUUAACUAAAUAUUGUUCAGGGUUCUUAAUUUGAUUGUUUUGUAAAUUACAUUUGGAAUCAGUUCAUGAGAGAUGUAAGAUGUAAUUACAUUUCUCAAUAGUAUGUUUGCAUUCUAUCAUUUUUUAAUAUGUAUUAGUUUAGAAUGUAUACAAUUUAGGAAUUAAUAGCUGGGCAAUAAGGUAUUAAUAAAAUGUGUACAACAAACAAUUAAAAAAAAGAUUGACUCAUUUAUAAUCCAUGAAUGGAACAGAGCACCCUUGGUAUUCUGCGAGUGCCUCGGCAACGGCACUAAGUACAAUCUGGCAACCCU